GUAAUUGGCAGUUUUAUGACUAAAUACGUUCCGUUGUUAUCGACACGUGCGAGUAAACCCCUUGAAACCGUUCGUAAAAACUUUGUGAUAAGGGACCCCAGACUAAAGAUAACCAUUAACUACCCUAGACGUCGGACAAACAAACGUAUAAUUAUUGCAAACGAGUCAUACGUGGGAUGGACAAAUACGAGUGACAUUCAAGUGAAAUUUGAAGUAUUCCCAACCAUGGCACCGAAUCUCUUUGGCAGUUCGGCGACCCUCUUCCUCGAGGCAUCGCAGAAUGCUGAAGCGAGUAAAAAAACCCCUGAAGUAGAAAGUUUAUCCAAAAGUUCACUAGAAAAAACACAAAAACCAUCAAAAUACAAAUGGCAAAUUGUCUGGAGAAAUGUCAUCGCAUUCGUAUACCUCCACGCGGCUGCACUUUACGGGGCUUAUCUACUAUUUUUCCGAGGAAAAUGGUCAACAUUUUUUAUGUUUUGGUUAAUUGGAAUGUCUUCAGCAGUUGGAAUAACAGCUGGUGCUCACAGGCUCUGGGCGCACAGAGCAUACAAAGCAAAAUGGCCAAUGAGGUUGCUCCUCAUGAUUUUCCAAACCCUCGCCUUCCAGAACCACAUUUACGAAUGGGUGAGAGAUCACCGGGUGCAUCACAAGUUCACCGACACCGACGCUGAUCCCCACAAUGCAAAACGUGGUUUCUUUUUCUCCCACAUGGGAUGGCUCUUGGUCCGUAAACAUCCGGAUGUUAUAAACAAAGGUAAAACUGUGGACAUGAGUGAUCUAGAAUCAGAUCCAAUAGUCGUAUGGCAGAGAAGACUGUACCUCAUUCUCAUGCCACUGAUAUGCUUUCUGAUACCCACAUGGAUACCCAUAUACUUCUGGAACGAGAGACCUAUGUACGCCUGGUACAUAACAGUAUUCAGAUACACAUUAUCAUUGAAUCUCACGUGGCUUGUGAAUUCAGCCGCUCACAUUUGGGGAACAAAGCCGUACGACAAAUCCAUAAGUCCAACCGACAGUUUCAAAAUAGCACUUGGUGCAUUUGGCGAAGGCUGGCACAAUUAUCAUCACGUUUUUCCCUGGGAUUACAAAGCAGCUGAGCUUGGUGAUUAUCGUGCUAAUUUUACAACUGCUUUCAUUGACUUUUUUGCGUCAAUUGGACAAGCUUAUGACCUCAAGACAGUGCCAAUCACAAUGAUUGAAAAACGUGCUGCCAGAACUGGUGAUGGUACGAGAAUACAGCAGCAAAAUGAUCACGAACAUUCACACGAGGGGGCAAUAUGGGGCUGGGGUGAUGCUGAUAUGUCACAAGAGGAGAUCCAGGAUGUGCAGAUCAGCAACAAGAGUGAUUAAAAAUAAUGAUAAAUAUGAACUCGAGUGAAUGGACUAUUUCUUCGUCUUAUCGAGUGACAUUUUUUUUUUGUAUCUUCAUUUGGCUGAAUCGUUAAAAAAAAAAUAAACGAACGGCCAAUGAUGAAAAUAUUCGCGUGAUUUUUUUUUAACGAGACUUUGUGGUGAUAUUCCAAUUCAAUUUUAUACGUGACUAAAGGCAACAGAUGUGCGUUAAAUACGGGUUUGAUUGAUUCAAAGUUCAUUGGUCUUCCGUUAAUACGUAAUCAUAUAUUGUUUUUCCCCUGUACAAUUUAUUAAUAUUUUUUUGUACAACUGCUGGUGAAAUCCUGUCAAUGUGAUUGACAUGGCAAGACUAUGAUUAAAUGAAAAUACGUAGUCUCUUCGAGUAUUGCUGAGAGCUUCGCUCAUGAACUAUUUUGUUUUUAUUGUCAAUGACUAGUUACUUUAUUGAGGGAAUGAGAGAGGGAGAUAGGGGAACGGGAGGUGGACAGUAAUUAAUUAGUGGUCUAUUCCUCCACAUUCAGUUUCUCCUCACAGAUUAUACCCCAUUUAUCUCAAUGUUUACAUUGUAUUUAUGAAUAAAUUAUUAUUACGACCAAAUGCA